AUGUGUUACGGCGCAGGCCGGUACAACUACAAGGAAGUGUUACACAAGUCGAUUCUCUUCUACGAGGCACAGAGAUCAGGUGUCCUUCCGCGAAACAAUCGAAUCCCUUGGCGUGGUGAUUCGGCCGUUCACGAUUCGUCGCCAGAUGGUCGAGACCUGUCCGGGGGCUGGUAUGAUGCUGGCGACUUCGUUAAGUUCAACUUCCCCAUGGCGUUCUCCACGACGACACUGCUGUGGGGUUUGAUCAAGUUCAAGGACGGAUACGUGGCGUCAGGCGAGCUCGCCAACAUGUAUGACUCAAUCAGGUGGCCGCUCGACUACUUCAUAAAGUGCUGGGACGAACAGAAUAAAGUGUACUGGGCUCAGGUCGGCGAUGGGAACAAGGAUCACGACUACUGGGGCAGACCCGAACAGAUGACGAUGGCUAGGCCCGCGUUCAGUGUCACUAGGAGCUCGGGAGGCACCGAGGUGUCGGCAGAGACCGCCGCGGCCAUGGCAGCGGGAUCGAUCGCUUUCAAAACAAAAGAUCCAUCAUACUCAGCGAGGUUACUGGAAAAGGCCAAGAGUUUGUAUGACUUCGCCUACCACUACAGAGGGACGUACACCGACUCCGUGCCAGCCAAGGACUUCUACGCUUCGAAUGAUGGCUACACAGACGAGUUGUGUUGGGGCGCUGCUUGGCUGUACAAGGCGACAGGACACCACUCAUACCUCCAGAAAGCGCACGACUUCUCGCAUAGCGACUCGGACGAAUUCUCAUGGGACGGAAAGAUUCGAGGUUGCCAGGUGUUGUUGCAUGAGAUAGCAAAGGAGAAACACGACACGACGAACGAACAUAGGUACAAGAGAUACAUCGAGGGGUUUGUCGACAACUGGUUGCCGGGAGGCAGUGUUCACCAGACACAGUGCGGUCUCGGCUGGCUCAUGCAGUGGGGGCCAUUGUGUUAUGCUGCGAACACGGCGCUGAUUGCUCUGAUCGCGGCUGAAGACGGCAUCAAAACGACGACGUACAGGACGUGGGCGACGAAACAAAUCAACUUCAUGCUCGGCGACAACAAACAUCACAGGAGCUACGUCGUUGGGUUUGGCCACAACCCGCCGGUACGACCUCAUCAUAGCAGCAGUUCAUGUCCAAACAUGCCUGCCCCGUGUGGCUGGGAUCAGUUUGACAGCCACGCCCCUAACCCCCACGUCCUGUACGGAGCACUGGUCGGGGGGCCGGACAAACACGAGGGGUACGUCGACAAACGCAGCGACUACAUCCACAACGAGGUGGCGUGCGACUACAACGCUGGCUUCCAGUCCGCACUUGCGGGUCUGGUUCAUCUCCAAGCAAGAUCUCACCUUCCGUCUGUAACUCCUCCUCACGGGUGUUCAGGAUUGUAAACAAUAAAUAUCAGGUCCAAUAAA